AUGGCGGCAAUGGCGAAUCUUGCGAACACCAUGGAGGCGAAUGCUGCUCAUGUCCCGAGCAACCAAUACGUGGAGUUUGCUGCUUAUCAUCUUCGAGAAGAUGCCCAGCAUUGGUGGCAAGCAGCAUGCCGCUUGCUACAGCUUCAGAACGCUGAUGUUCCUUGGGAUGUAUUUCAAACGGCCUUCUACAAGAAGUACUUUCUUGAGUCUGCAAGGGAGGCAAAGGAGAUGGAACUUAUGCAGCUGAAGCAAGGUUCGUUGUCUGUGGCAGACUGCACCAACAGAUUUGAGGAGCUCUGUAGGUUCUCUAGGGUGUGUCAGGGUGUCCCAGAGACCUAUGAAUGUUGGAAGUGUAUCACGUAUCAAAGGGGUUUACAGGACGACAUCAUGACUACUGUGGCUCCUAUGGAGAUUCACAUUUUCUCCGAUCUGGUGAACAAGGCAAGAGUGGUUGAAGAAUAG